UCGGCUCAGAGCUGCUGACAUCAGAGCUGGCAGCUAAUUACGGCUACGUCAUGAGCAACAAUAGCAAGAGACUGCUGCUCGAGGUGCCGCUCUUCACUCAUGGCUACAAGUACAAGGACAUUACUUUGAAGGGCUUCUUUGGAACUUUUGAGCUCCUCAUUCGGGACCAUCAGACAUUAGAGGUCCAAAAUUCAACUGUAAAGACUUGUCGGUUCUCUGCUACUGAACUCAUUGUGUGUUCGGCUGAUGGAAGGAUAACUGUGGUGGCUGACUUGCCUCCGGUCAUCACAAGUGAAGGAGUUCCUGCUAGAAUCAACCUGUUAGACCGAAACUGUGUACCCAAAGAGAUGGACGGCACCAGGGCUCUCUUCUCUUUUUGGAUCAACAGCUGUGGAUCCUCAGUCAAGCUUGGCAAGGAGUAUGUGACUUAUGAAAAUGAGAUUUUCUUCAGCAAGAAGUUGCAUGGUCCAGCUGACUCCAGCAAUGCCUUUCACAGGGUGACAAUGCAGUGUACAUAUCCUCUGGCUGGCCUACUCUCAGUAUACAGGUUUCGUUCUGACACAGCUGGUGUCGGCCGUAUUAUACAGUCUGCACACUCAACUGAAGGAGCCAGAGGGUCAUCCAACGCUAAAAGGGCAUGGCUGGCAUCACUCAACACAGCCGAGUGUGCGUUCAGCAAAAGCAAGGUGAAAUUUCUCAGACACAUCUUGGCUGAUGGGAUAAGGCCAGAUCCAGAAAAGACACGUGCCGUACUCAAGAUGGAUUUGCCACAUAACAUCAGUGAGCUCAGGAACUUUCUGGGCAUGAUAAAUCAACCAGGCAAGUAUGUGCCCAAACUAGCUGAAAAAGAUAAAGACCUUAGAGACCUGCUGUCAAAAAAAGAGCCUGAGGUAUUGGGGGCCUGA